AUGGACUCAUCUUCUUCNCAAUUGGAUCGACCAACAGAUGUGAUUUUCGAUGAACAAAAUAAUUCAAUCAUCAUCGCUGAUUUUGGAAAUCGAAGAGUAAUGCGAUGGUUUUUGAACACAAAUCACUCGGAGAUUCUCAUGCACAAUAUUAGGUGUUGUCGAUUAACAAUGGAUAAAUUUGGAUUUGUUUAUGUUUCUGAUGAUGAGAAACAUGAAGUGAGAAGAUGGAAAAUAGGAGAGAAGGGUGAAGGAACAUUAGUCGCUGGUGGAAAUGGAGAAGGAGAUCAACUCAAUCAGUUCAACUGUCCAACUUCUCUGUUUGGCGAUGAGGAACAAUCUCUUUAUGUUUCAGAUUUUGGGAAUUAUCGUGUGAUGAAAUGGAGAAAAUAUGCGCAGAAAGGAAUUGUUGUUGCUGGUGGAAAUGGAUGCGGAAAGAAUCUGAAUCAACUGUAUUAUCCUCAAGGAAUCAUUGUUGAUCAUGAGGGUCGAAUUUAUGUUGCAGAUUGUGCGAAUCAUCGAAUAAUGCGAUGGUGUGAAGGAGAUGAAGAAGGUGAAAUAAUUGUUGGUGGAAAUGGAGAAGGAGAUGAACCCAAUCAAUUGGCUGGUCUUUGUGGUUUAUCAUUUGAUGGUGAAGGAAAUCUUUAUGUUGUUGAUUGGGGAAAUCAUCGAAUUCAACGAUUUGAUUUAAUUGUUUGA